AUGGGACCCUUCUCAAAUACCCAGGUCUUUGCCUGUGUCUGUACAUUCCUGCUCUGGAAUAAUAUCCAGCCAAGUGUGGAAAAUGAAUUUAUUGCAAAUUAUUCAAGCCGUUUGCUAACCAGUGUUCCAAACACCAUUCCAGUCCGUACUCAGGUGUUAGAUUUAUCCCAUAAUAGGAUCUCUGGACUUAGUACCUCGGAGUUUAUUUCUCUUUCUGACCUCCGAGUGUUAAAUCUUUCUCAUAAUCUAAUUACGGAGCUCGACUUCGGCGUCUUCUUUUUCAAUCAAGACUUAGAACACUUGGAUUUGUCUCAUAACAGCAUUUUGAAAGUUUACUGCCUGACUCUCGCCUCCCUCAGGCACUUGGAUCUCUCUUUCACCAAGUUGGCUGCCCUGCCCCUCUGUCAGGAAUUGGGGCAGAUGUCCCGUUUGGAGUUCCUGGGGCUGAGCGCCGCGACGCUGCGACGCUCCCACUUCAGGUACCUCACGGGUUUGCGGCUCCGCAAGGUCCUCCUGACCUUGGAAGACUUCUCCCUCUACGAGCCUCAGAGCCUGAUGGCCCUGGACACGAGGAGCCUCCACCUUGUUUUUGCAGGAAACCAAAACUUCAGUUUUCCCCUCCUGUACGACGGAAUGAGCACUUCAGAAACCUUAAGGAUUGAUAAUUUAAGAUACACCUUGAGCUCUGGCUAUUUCCCCUCUCCUCCUUUAACGCUUCUGAAGGAGAUCAAGACAACAGCUCUGAUGCUGGACACCGUGGACUUACAAUGGCCUGUCAUUUUGCAGAUUUUCCUGCUGGUUUGGUAUUCGCCUGUGGAACGUCUGACUGUGAGACAUUUGACUUUUUGGGGACCCGUGGAGGAGCUGCCCGGAUAUGAAUUUCUACCUUUAUUAAGUUCUCUGGAGGAAAGAAUUUCUCUGAGUGGCUCCAUGAAGGCGCUGACUUUGGAGCACGUUCGGAACAAGGUUUAUUAUUUCAACCAGGAGGUUCUGUACCGACAGUUUUCGGAGAUGCCUCUUGCCAGCUUGACCAUCUUCGAUGCCUCCAUGCCCCACAUGCUCUGCCCCAACAGAACAAGCUCCUUCCAGUACUUAAAUUUUUCUCACAACGCCCUGACGGAUGAAUUGUUCCAGAACUGUGGCACUCUGACAGACCUGAAGUUCCUUGUUUUACAGAGGAAUAAAUUGGAGAGCCUUCCCAAGGUCAGCUUCAUGACCAGCCGUAUGAAGUCGCUGAAGUUCUUGGACGUGAGCAGCAACUUGCUGAGCUACGAUGGGCCUGCUGAGCCGUGCCGCUGGGCCCAGUCCCUCUCGGAGCUGGACCUGUCCUCCAACCAGCUGACGGAUGCCGUGUUUGAGUGCUUGCCAGUCAACGUGCAGAAGCUGGAGCUGCAGAACAACCAGAUCAGCAGUGUCCCCAGGGGGAUGGCGGAGCUGAAGUCCUUGAGAGAGCUGAACCUGGCGUCCAACCGCCUGGCUGACCUGCCGGGCUGCGGGGGCUUCCCGUCGCUGGCCUUCCUGAACGUGGAGAUGAACGUGAUCCUCACCCCGUUGGUGGACUUCUUCCAGAGCUGCCCGCGGGUGAGGGAGCUGCAGGGCGGGCACAACCCCUUCAAGUGCUCCUGUGAGCUGCAGGCCUUUGUGCGGCUGGAGAGGCGCUCUGGGGGGAAGCUGUUUGGCUGGCCGGGGGCCUACGUGUGCGAGUACCCGGAGGAGCUGCGAGGAAGGCUCCUGGAGGACUUCCACCUGGCCGAGCUGGCCUGCAACACCACGCUCCUGCUGGUGACGGCUCUGGUGGUGACGCUGGCGCUGGUGGCCGUGGUGGCCUUUCUGUGCAUCUACCUGGACGUGCCGUGGUACGCGCGGAUGACGUGGCAGUGGACGCAGACGAAGCGGAGAGCUCGGCACCAGCAGCCCCAGGAGCAGGAGGGGGCUCUGCAGUUCCACGCCUUCGUGUCCUACAGCGAGCGGGACGCGGCGUGGGUGAAGGAGGAGCUGAUGCCCAACCUGGAGAGGGGGGAGGGCCGCGUCCAGCUGUGCCAGCACGAGAGGAACUUCAUCCCCGGCAAGAGCAUCGUGGAGAACAUCAUCACCUGCAUCGAGAAGAGCUACAGGUCCAUCUUUGUGCUGUCUCCCAACUUUGUGCAGAGCGAGUGGUGUCACUACGAGCUGUACUUUGCCCACCACAAGCUCUUCAGCGAGACUUCCAACAGCUUAAUCCUCAUUUUGCUGGAGCCCAUCCCUCCGUACGUGAUCCCCGCCAGGUACCACAAGCUGAAGGCUCUGAUGGCCAAGCGAACCUACCUGGAGUGGCCCAAGGAGAGGAGCAAGCAGCCCCUUUUCUGGGCCAACCUGCGGGCAGCCAUUAACGUGAAGCUGCCAAAAUCCUUUGAAGGAAAUGAGGAGCUGAGCGAUGUUACUUCUACUGGUGGUAUAAGUGAGUACGUGAAUAUCUGACUUGACUGUCUCGCCCUAAAUUGAGUUAACCAAUUUUUUAUAGUUUUUUUACAGCCUUCCUAAUUUGUAGCAAGAUGUAAGUGUGCUACAGAAAUGGCCAUUGCUUGUUGUAGUCAUCAAAGCAGUCAGAAGUCUUCUGUAGUUGCCCAUCGUCAACAAAGGGAAGGAGAGAGAAAUUUUCCUUGUCAUUGCGCUUAUUUUUGUAAGCCUGGGUUGCAUUUAUUUGGGGCUUUUCCCACUGAAAAGCCACAUUUGAAAGUAAUGAAACCAGUGGGUUUUUUCAACUUCCUCAAGAGUGUCAAGUCACACGUUUAGUCUUUGUUCUGACGUGGAUGUUAAGGUGGGGUUAAGAUGGCAGGGCUUGAGUUUAAUUAAGUAAUACAAAGCACAAUAAAAGUCUGCAUUAAAUCCCUUCCUGUCCAUUGGUUCAGUAGAUCUCCAGGGUAGGGUGUCCCUGCACCAUUAAUCCCUCUUUAAUACUCUCCUUCCUUUUCUGUGCUAAACAUUCCCACUUGCCUAAAUUUACCUACAAUGUCAUGAUUUCCUAGAAUAUGCUAUUAGUUAGCUUCAAGAAAAUAGUUAAUAUCUCAACUUACGAAAUUUUUAUAGUGUUAUGCUGUUGCUGCUUUCUGCUGUGAUCAUAUUUAUUCCUGUUUUCUAAAACAUAGUUAUAAAUUUCAAUAAAAUAUUUUUCUUCUUAUGAACUCUUUCAAUUGGAAGAGGGCAAAGAGAAAGAAUCAAUCUGUUGCCAUUUUAUUACAAGAAUUUUACUCAGUUUUUCCACUGUAAUUCUUCUGUUCAAUCAUAAAAUAGAUUUUAUUGCAAUCUCUCUGCAGCAGCUCAUGAGUAACCUGAACGAUAAUGUGGUUUUAUGGGUGUUUAGAGUACUUUUUAUGCAAUAAUAGCAGGAGACCUCCUCAUAUUUAUAGAAAAUUGGCAACGCUGAAAAUGAAGAGUGUGAAUCAGAACUUGGGACAAUGAUUGAGGAAGAGUGGCAGGGCCAGAACUGUCCCUGAAUUGGGUCAUUUUUAAAGUGUUUAAACUUGGAAGGUUGAUGUUUGGAGGUAAAUCCCCUCUUAUCUCCAGAUGAACUUAUCUCCA